AGGCAGACGCAUGGAAAUCCAAACAAUAAGUAAUUUUCCUGCUUCUUCCUCUUUUAGACAGACCCCAAAAAAAAAAAAGCCAUGAACGAGUUUGUAAAUCAGAUUCUAAACAUUGGUACUUCAGCCAUAGCUUUCACAACUCUGAUCUGUUUUCUUCCUCCCAUCCUCUGUUUGAGGUUCUGUCUUUCAUGUCUUAAAUCAAUUUUCACCGAAAAUGUGUCUGGAAAAGUUGUGCUCAUCACUGGUGCAUCUUCCGGCAUCGGCGAGCAUCUUGCAUAUGAGUACGCGAGAAGAGGAGCCAAUUUAGCUCUUAUUGCCAGAAGGCGACAACAUCUCGAAAAUGUAGCUGAAACCAGCCGUUAUCUUGGUGCACCUCAUGUCCUUGUCAUCCCUGCAGAUGUUUGCAAAGUCGAAGAUUCAAAACGUUUCAUCAAUGAAACCGUGAAUCAUUUCGGCAGAUUGGAUCAUCUGGUGAACAAUGCUGGAAUUGCUACAAUGAGCAUGUUUGAAGAAUUCACUCACAUAACCAAUGCUGCACCUGUGAUGGAAACAAACUUCUGGGGAUCAAUCUAUAGUACCCACUUUGCAAUUCCACAUCUCAGAAAAAGCAGAGGCAAGAUAAUAGUUACUGCCUCAUCUGGAGCAUGGUUACCUGCACCGAGGAUGACUUUCUACACUGCCAGUAAAGCAGCACAGGUGAUCUUCUUCGAGACACUCAGAGUUGAGCUUGGAGGAGACAUUGGGAUCACGAUAGUCACUCCAGGGUUGAUCGAAUCAGAAUUGACCAAAGGGAAGUUCCUCUCAAAGGAAGGAAAUAUGGUAUUCGAUAAAGAGAUGAGAGAUGUACAAGUUAGUGCAGUCCCAGUAGAGUCAGUGGACAGAUGUGCAAAGGCCAUUGUAGAUAGUGCUUGCCGCGGUGACAGAUAUUUGACAGUGCCAUCAUGGAUGAAGGUAACAAUCCUAUGGAAAAUAUUUCUACCUGAAAUACUGGAGUGGUGCAAUCGCAUGUCAUUAGCAACUGGACCUGAAAAACCACCAACAGAGGCGCCUAGCAAGAAAAUCCUAAAUUUCACUGGAUUACAAAGAAUCAUGUAUCCACCUUCAAUUCAAUAAUCUAAGUCCUUAAUUGUAAACAGUGGUGACACAUCCCUAUGUAGUAUAUGACCAAAUCUUGUAGAGGAAUGCGUUGUUGAGACUUGAGAAAUAAACAGUUUCUAUUGAAAGUUACCA